AUGCCCCACACCUCGACAAGGCUAAUCAGCCCCUAUGGCUCCGAUAGGUUGGUGCAGUUAGCCGCUAGGCUUCGGCCAGCGCUGUGUGAUGCCCUGAUCACCGUAGGCGGCCUGGAGUUCCCUGCUCACAGCCUAGUGCUGGCAGGUGCAAGCCCAAGGCUGGGUUGUGGGGGCCGGUGGGCUCUGGUUGAAGGCAUCAGCCCUUCCACCUUUGCUCAGCUUCUGACCUUUGUGUAUGGAGAGAAUGUAGAGCUGCAGCCUGGGGAGCUGGGGAACCUUGAAGAGGCAGCCAGAGCCUUGGGGGUGCAGGCCCUGGAAGAAGCCUGUAAGAGAGCACGAAAGGAGAAGCAUGAAGAUGAGCUGGACCCAGGACUGAAGAGGCACCAGCAAGCAGAAGAGCUCGUGAGGAGCUCCGAGAGAGGACUGGGGGGUCCUGGAGAGAACCAGAAACCAGAGGAGGAUUUUAGAAGUAAUGGGAGACAACAGGAGAUGUCACACAAGCGCAGAGCACCCAGAGAGAGCCCUGAGACGCCGGGGGAGGCACUCAGCCCAGCCCCCGUGAGCGAGGUCGCAAGAGGUAGAGCGAGCAGCAAGGGCUCUGAGGAGUGGCUUCGUGGGUGCCCUGGUCCCCUCUCCCCACCAGGCUCCCUCCUAUCUAGCCUCAUUGCCAGGCCCUGGUGGGCUGAGGCCCCUUGGUUGGGGGAGGGCCAACCUGCCCUGUGGAGCAUCCUGCUGUGGCCACCCAGAUACGGCAGUCCCUUCUCCCAUAGCACCCCCAUCACUGCAGCCUGGCAGGGCUGGCCUCACGAGCAGAGGAUCCCACUGACCUUGAACGGUUCCAAAGGUCUCUGGAGUCAGAAUCAGCUGGCCCACUCCAGCUCCACUCCAGGAUCCUUUCCCCGGGGCCUUCAAAAACUCAGCCCUUGGGAGAUAGAAGAGUCCGGGCAAGGGUACACAGGUAAGUAUGAGGAGAGAACUGCUGUCCCUGCCCCCAACAACAACAAGCUCUUAAUGGCUUCCCCGGACAAUAUUGAUUCAUCCUCAGGGAUUCUGGUCCGUCUUGACUUCUCUGUCCACACAGGCACAGUGGCGACUGUUGUGGGUCAAGAACGCUCCCCAUUGCACCAGCACCCUCCUUCCCCCUCUCCUGCGCGCUCUCGGCCCUAUUCUUGCUCUGUCUGUGGAAAGAGGUUUUCACUCAAGCAUCAGAUGGAGACGCAUUACCGAGUCCACACAGGAGAGAAGCCCUUCUCCUGUAGCCUCUGUCCACAGCGCUCCCGGGAUUUCUCUGCCAUGACCAAGCAUCUGAGGACACAUGGGGCUGCUCCCUAUCGCUGCCCUCUAUGCAAGGUUGGCUGCCCUAGCCUGGCUUCCAUGCAGGCGCACAUGCGGGGCCACUCCCCGAGCCAGCUGCCGCCUGGAUGGACCAUACGCUCCACCUUCCUCUACUCUUCCUCACGGCCGACGAGGGCCUCGAUCUCUCCCGGGAGCUCUUCCUCCCCCUCUGCCACCUGACCCGGUGCUGGUGGCAGCUUCUCUGGCUUAGCAAGAAUCCAACUAAAGAAUGUAAGAUGGGAGGACUCAGCCGCCUAGCAAAUUUGACUGCAGAAGCGCUGCCGGACAGGAGCCACCAACUCUUUCCGGAUGAGCGAGGGUUGCAGAAGUCUCGGCCGGCUGGCGAGCCCGAGUUAAGGACGUUUCAGUUGGUGAAGAUUAACUGAGGACUAUCGAUUACAUCACUAUAAUAAAGAGUUUCCUAUGCUCGCCAGUGA